ACUGGAUGAUUUAGAGGGGUACCGGAACAAGCGACCGAACGUGACGCAGUGCAGGAACUGCUUGUAGCUGGGUCAUGGAACUAGAAACUGUCACAUCAAGGGGAUGUGCGACAACUGUGGAGGUCCCUACAAGACGGACGAGUGCAAAGUCUAAGUUGCCCCAAGCGUGCAGGCGUCGAAACCAAACCCAUAGACCGUACGGAAAGCGGAGAAGCAGAUUCCAGCAGUUCCGGUGUUCACUCCGACGGAGUUCCCUCCGCUGCCGGGUGCAGUCCCGGACGGAAAACGAAGGAUCGCUCUCGACCCGCAGGAAGCAGCAAAGGAAGCACUGGCUCUACAGUUCGGCUGAGCUGCGGCACAUUUUCUCCGAGUACAGCGCCAGGUUUAAGAACUAUAAGACCCGCUUGGACCAAGUAGCACUUGUCAGUUACAUGAUAUGUAUUAUAUAUUAGAUGUUGACCGAUCCUCGGGAAUAAAUGACCUGCUGUGAUUCAAGCGAUCUGUACGUAACCCGUUACUGAGAAACUGGGGAGACCUGAUCUGAAGUACAACGCGAAUCAUCUGAUUCGUUUUGGCAUGGCUGACUGACGAUUGAUCGGUUCAGGAUUGCUGAAGAGCCUUGUGAACUCAAACGAGUAACGAUGUCAAAAUCCGGUGCAAUUUAUUUUGUGGGGAGAUUCAAGAGGGAUAUUCAAGCUGAUCUUAAUCCACACUAAAGAAGCGUUCCGGAUCGAGCUGCGAUUAAGCAGGGAUGUUGGAGGCAACGCCCAAAGAAUGCAAAGCCCGCUGGCAAACCAUGCGGUGCCGCUACACAGAUUUCAUACGCAACGGCAGCCGCAUGAAACCCGCCGGAAUUGAGCCGCAUCUAGACUUUCUGAUCCCGGACGUAAAGCUGGAACCAUCCGCGGAGGAAACUACCGCGAGCGGUACCCUAGCCGACAGCUUGGAGUACUACGCAAGGCUGGCCAGCAUCGUGCGGCACCAUCCGGUGUUGUACGAUGGCGCCUACUCGAACAGCAAGCUCGAUCCGAUUUGGCAACAGGUGGCGGAAGCGAUCGGAGGUGCCGGAAAGGCGUCGUCCUGGGCAGAACUUAAGGUGCAGUGGCGGAAUUUGAGACAUCGGUACACGAUGUUCUUGAAGAAUGGGGUUAAAAUUAAACCGUACGGGAUUGAGUCUUACCUGGAGUUUCUGGAGCCCUACUUGAAGUUUUGGCGUGAAACUCCGGAGAAUAGUCUGGAGUACAACGUGCGGUUGGUGGGUGUCAUCCGCGAGCAUGGGUGUCUUUACAACGGACAACGGGAUGGUUCCAAGCCGGCGGCUUGGGAGGACGUUGCCAACCGAAUGGGGACAUCUAUUGAUUGGUGUCAAACCCGGUGGACCAGGUUCCGAGAGCGGUACUCCCGCUUUCUGCUGGACGGAACCCGGAUGAAACCGGUCGGCAUCGAGGCACAUCUGGCCUUUCUGAAUCCCUUCCUGCGGGCGAAGCGAGCUGGGCCUCCUCGGAAGAAGCUUUGCCAAGGGGAAGAGCGCGGGUUGAACGCACCAGCAGCGAUUGUCGAGCGGUUCAGGUACCUCCGGUACGACGAAAGCGAUGAGGAUGUGCUGUUUUUGCUACGAUUCGUGCAGGAUAUGGCACGGAUGGACGCGAAGCGGAAGAGCGCGUUCAUGGUGGGCGCGAAAAAGGCUGUGCAGAGUUGUUUGCGGAAGUAGGGAAGUGAAUAAAUCGGGUUGAAAGUUUGUA